AAAUGGAUAGAGCCUGGCUCCAAUUCUGGUAAAAUAAAAAGCAACGAGCUGAACUUCCUAAUUGGAAUGAUUCCCCGCUCUAAUUAGACGUUAAAAAUAGAUUAGUGCCGGAUGCGGGGAAAGGUUGGGUUUUCCUAUGAGUGGACCCUUUAUUUUUUCUUUUUUUUAGAAAUCCUAAUUAUUCUUGAUUAUGGAUUGAAUAAGGGAUGUUAUGGAUUGAAUGUGUAAAAGAAGUAGUAUAUUGAUAAAGAGGCUGUAUUCCAAAGUCAAAAGAGCGAUUGGCCUGCAAAAAUAAAAAACUUGUUCUGUUCUUUUUUUUAAUUAGAACAAACAUAAACUAAUUGGGUAGAAAAGGAGCAGAAAAAGAUCUGUGGAUUAGACUCCCUUUCUUUCCAGGGUUUGUAUUAAAAAUGCAACACCCUGUUCUGACCAUAUUGCACUAUGUAUCAUCAUUCGAUAAACCGAGAAAUGCUUCUUCUCUCUGAUUCAAGUAGAAAUACAAAUGGAAAAAUUCGAAGGGUAUUCAGAAAAACAUAAAUCUCGUCAACAAUACUUUGUCUACCCACUUCUCUUUCAGGAAUAUAUUUAUGCAUUUGCCCAUCAUUAUGGAUUAAAUGGUUCUGAACCUGUGGAAAUAGUUGUUAGUUGUAAUAACAAGAAAUUUAGUUCACUACUUGUGAAACGUUUAAUUAUUCGAAUGUAUCAGCAGAAUUUUUUGGAUAACUCGGUUAAUCAUCCUAACCAAGAUCGAUUAUUGGAUUACAAAAAUUAUUUUUAUUCUGAGUUUUAUUCUCAGAUUCUAUCUGAAGGGUUUGCGAUCGUUGUGGAAAUCCCAUUCUCGCUACGGGAAUUAUUUUGUCCGAAAGAAAAAGAAAUACCAAAGUUUCAGAAUUUACGCUCUAUUCAUUCAAUAUUUCCCUUUUUAGAAGACAAAUUUUUGCAUUUGGAUUAUCUAUCACAUAUAGAAAUACCCUAUCCUAUCCAUUUGGAAAUCCUGUUUCAACUCCUUCAAUACCGUAUCCAAGAUGUUCCAUCUUUGCAUUUAUUGCGAUUCUUUCUCAACUAUUAUUCGAAUUGGAAUAGUUUUAUUACUUCAAUGAAAUCCAUUUUUUAUUUUCAAAAAGAAAAUAAAAGACUGUUUCGAUUCCUAUAUAACUCUUAUGUAUCAGAAUAUGAAUUUUUUUUGUUGUUUCUUCGUAAACAAUCUUCUUGCUUACCAUUAGCAUCUUCUGGAACUUUUCUGGAACGAAUCCACUUUUCUAGGAAGAUGGAACAUUUUGGGAUAAUGUACCCUGGUUUUUCUCGUAAAACCCUAUGGUUCUUUAUGGAUCCUCUUAUGCAUUAUGUUCGAUAUCAAGGAAAGGCAAUUCUUGCAUCAAAAGGCACUUUUUUUUUGAAGAAGAAAUGGAAAUGCUACCUUAUCAAUUUCUGGCAAUAUUAUUUCUGUUUUUGGACUCAGCCGCGAAGAAUCCAUAUAAACCAAUUAGCAAACUCUUGCUUCGAUUUUAUGGGGUACCUUUCAAGUGUACCAAAAAGUUCUUUGUUAGUAAGGAAUCAAAUGCUGGAGAAGUCAUUUCUAAUAGAUACUCGAAUGAAAAAAUUCGAUACCAUAGUCCCCGCUACUCUCCUCAUAGGAUACUUAUCAAAAGAUCAAUUUUGUACUGGAUCGGGGCAUCCUAUUAGUAAACCCAUUUGGACAGAUUUAUCAGAUUGGGAUAUUCUU